AUCCCAUGGUGCUUUGCAUAAACUUCCUGAAUCCAUAGUCGCAAAAGCUUUGUUAGAAACGUGGAAAUUGUUAAAGAGACACUGAGUUUAAUAGAUUUUGCAUUAAUAUUUUAAAUCUUUCAUAUCAAAUUUAAAGACUACUCCGUCAAGCAAUUGAACUUCUAAGCCAUAAUAGAAAAAAACCCAUGGAAUGUCACUUGCUACACGACUUUUAAACAGUUACAACAGAACAAAAAGUUUAUAGAACAAUGACAUAAAACGAUGAACUUAUUGACAAAUAAAUGAAUUACAUACAGUAUGAAAUAUAGCUAUAGAAACAUGAAAACUGAUCUCACAAACAUAGACAUCAAAAGGUUAAUUCAAAAGUAGAUUUAAACUGUCAAAGACACAAGAAUAAAAUGUCGCGAUCAAGCAAUCCAAUGGACAAUUUUGAGUACCUACGAGCAAUUGGAAAGGGAAGUUAUGGUGAAGUUUCUUUGUACAGACACAAAAGGGACAGAAAACAGUAUGUAUUAAAAAGAAUAAAUCUUGCAAAGGCUUCAAAGAAAGAAAGAUCAUCUGCUGAACAAGAGGCGAAACUGCUGUCAAAACUAAAACAUCCAAACAUUGUUGCUUACAAAGACUCUUUUGAACGUGAUGGUCAGCUUCAUAUAGCUAUGCAGUUCUGUGAAGGAGGUGAUGUAUAUACCAAACUAAAGGAACAAAAACAGACAUUGUUAGAAGAAAGACAAGUGGUGGAAUGGUUUGUUCAGAUAGCUAUGGCUUUGCAGUAUAUGCACGAAAGGAAUAUAUUACAUAGAGAUUUGAAAACCCAGAAUAUAUUUUUAACAAAAAGUAAAAUCAUCAAAGUUGGAGAUUUAGGCAUUGCAAGAGUAUUGGACAGUUCCACAGACAUGGCUACUACACUUAUAGGAACACCUUAUUACAUGAGUCCUGAACUGUUUAGUAAUAAACCAUAUAACCACAAGUCUGAUGUAUGGGCAUUAGGAUGCUGUGUGUAUGAGAUGGCAACAUUAAAACAUGCAUUUAAUGGAAGAGACAUGCAAGCUUUAGUAUAUAAAAUUCUCAAAGGCAGAAUGCCUCCAUUACCAAAGAAAUACAGCCCUGAGCUACAGCAAAUCAUCCGUAACAUGUUACACCAAGAGCCAGAACGAAGGCCUACUGUCAGUAGAAUUCUCAGAGAUCCAUACAUUAAAAGAAAUAUUGCAGUCUUUUUAGAAGAAACCAAGAAAGGACGACCCAGUACAGCAGGCCAAAGAAGACCAGUUACAGCACCAGAUCCAAGGCCUAGACCAGACAAUUCAGCAGCCAUGCAAGUUGGCAAAUCAGUGCAAGUCAGCAGACAUAUGGUACAUGUGCCUGGUGAAGACAAUUUAGACAGUGGACCUAUUGCUAAUAAAAAUAUAGUAGUUGAAAAUGACACAGAUACACAGCCUGUGCCUGCUCCUUUAAGGAAGCAGCAUGCUCGAAAGCCAUCCAAUGGUGCCAAUAAAGAAUUACCUCCCAUUGCAGAAGUUGCAAAGCCAGUAGAAGUGAAAAAGAAAUUGGAUUCAUCCUCAGAAUCAAGUGACAAUGAUACAUUAGUAGAAGUUCAUCCUGUUAGAGAAGUAAAUGAUGUACCGAAAGCUGUUUCUCCAAAGAAGAAAAAGGAAAGUGCCCUGAAGAAGAGAGCUAGGGAAGGUGAGACAGAAUCAAGCCUGGAUACAGACAGAAGUGACAUCAGUGUCAAGAGUAAUGUCAGUGGUAAAAGUGACGCUAGUGUUAAGAGUGACAUUAGUUCUAGAGGUGACGCUAGUUCUUCUAAAUCAUCACAUAAAAAGAAUAUAUUUAAAAAUCCAAAGAAAGUUGACAAUCCUCGUCCUCUUCCGCCUCCUCCUAAACAACACCAUGGUUCUGGUGAACCACAGAAGAGACCAAGUUUCUCUCAGGAAAAACAAUCUAACGGAUCUAAAUCAUCUAGUACCGGUACCUCAAGUUCUAAGGAAGAAGAUUUAGAUAUUAAUACACCUAGGAGUUGUAAUUUAUCAGCCAGAGAGAGAAGAAGAGAGAAAGAUAAGGCAGCUCAAUCUCUAGAAAGACCAGUUUCUGCCAGGUCUGUUGUACUCAAACCAGUUCGACAUGUUGAAUCCAAUAGAGAAACAAAGGCAGAAAAGAAGCAGCGUGAACAAGCUCAUCCACGAGUGCAGGUUGCAGCACGGCAUAAACGUAUUCCAUCAAUGAAGGAUGAUAGCUCUAGUUCUGAAGAAGAAACAAUGAAGGAAAGUAGUGAAUUCAAGAGAGAACACAAGAGGAUUGAUUUAUCUGAUGACGAGGAUGAAGGCAGCUCUGAUCCUGACAGAGAAAACAAAGAAAUGAACAAUUUUAUCACAUUAUUAGACACAACAUUACACAUGAACAGAGAGGAGGAUGAUAAAUCAGACGAUGAAGAAGAUAAAAAGGAACCAGAACCCCCAGCACAUGAUAUACAUAGAUCUGCUUCCCUGCCAAGUGUAGAAACAUUGUGCAAUGCUGAUCGCUUAACAAGUAGAAUACAGUUACUACACAAGGAUUGUGUAGAUGGAGUAGGAUUUGAAGUUCUACAUAAAUCAUUUACAAUUCUGUCUAAUAUAGAGGAGGAUGAGGUUGAGGCUGAUACUUAUGUGCCUCAGUUAAUACAGCUGAUGGGAAAAGAAAAGUUUGACAUUUAUGCUGGGAAAAUUUGGCAGCUGAAGUUUUGUGAAGAAUGUUUUGAACAGCUUUCAUUCCUGCCAAGAUAAUAUUUACUGAAGUUAUAAUUAUACUUUUUUUUAUAAUUUUCUGUCUCUGGCAAUUAAUGAUCUAAUGCAAGGUUAUUGUUUUACAUUGUCACAAUCAAGACAUUAACAAUUGCCUUUUAAUUGGUUGUUUUGUAUAUUCACAUUCAGGUGGAAGCUUAAGUUUUGAGAAUUUAUAUAAUGUUUUGAUAAGAAAAUGUCUGGUAAUUUUGACAGAGGUUUGUCUGAGAGCAUAUUUAGAAUAUGGUUGUGUAUACUGUUUUGAUUAUAACCCUCUGUCAGAUUGGAAUGCCAGAUUUCAUUGUAGGGACAGCGUAGACUUUUGAAAAAGAUGUUUAUUGUUCAAAUAAUUUUUUUUUUUAAUUCUAACAUGUUAAAUAAUGCCAUUAAAGUUUCUUCUAAAUCUGCCAUCCAUAUCUCUGAUUUUUGUUCAGAUGUAUUAAAAGACUGAAGUAUUAAAUGAAUGUUUUAUCAGUUUCUUAUAACUCUACAGACAUAUCCAUCCAAUUACAUGUGUAUUCAUUAUUGUUUUUAUAUUUACAUUUGAUUUUGGCAAUAUUUUCUUCAACACCGAACAUCACACUUUCAGAAUGUCAUUAUUAUAGUAUGAAUCAUUUUUUUCACUCAAAUAAAAUGAUUCCUGUAGAUAGUAUGCAAUGUCUGUAUGAAUGAAAUUACCAUAUUAUAGAUAUUGUCAGGGGUGUUUUAAGUCAAAAGAAAAAUAUUUUGGAUCAUUUGAGUUCACAAAAAGUGAAAUGGUAUCAUCUAAUUUUAUUAGCAUCUUUACAAGACAUUAUUCCUCAGAUAUCAAUCAUGGUAUUUGCAAGGUCCUGUAAGCUUUUUAUCCUUAAAUUAGUGCAUUUAAAGAAGAACUGCCUUGUUAUACAUCAUCUCAGUUUGACACCUUUCUUCAUAGUAUACCCUAUAAAAAUCCUGUUCUCAUUUAGUGUUAAACUCAUAUCAUGUCUUUUGGGAUAUGAUUAUUUACAGUAUUGUAAACUAAAUUGAGAUGAACAGUUCACUUAUCAUUAUUCUGUGAGAAAUUUGUUGAUAUAUCAAAGUGUGAGAAAUCUAUCUUAAAGAAUUUUUACACUGACCUACAUAUUUUGUCCUGCUAUCUGUGACCUACGUACUAUGUUUUUGAAUCAGAUCUUUUAUGAUAAUUUCAAGAUAAAAGUUGGUACCCUGUUGGCAAUUCAGUUAUAUUUUAAAGUUGAUUUCAGAUAGCCUUUAUUUAAACCGUAUAGGCCCAUAGAUUCCAAGUCACUCCAAGUAAUUUUGAACGUCUAGCAGUUUUUAUUAGGAAUACUUUUUUUUUAUAUUUCAUACUUUUUUACCCUUAGAGGUUGUAUCUUGUGUGGUUGUGGUUGUCUUUCACAUAUGAUUCUGAAUAAUGAAUCAAUGUAGAUGACUUGAUCUUGCAGUAUUAGAUAAACUUUGUAUGAAAUGAUACCUUAAUAUUUUCCAUUAUAUGGGGCAUUCAGUAUUACAUAUAUGUAAGAAUAUCAGCCAAUAUAAUGCUAAACGUAUAUAAUAUAUUGUAUGAAAGUGCCAUAUUAUUUAUUAUAAGGACAGUUCCUGUAAUACAGUGAUAUUCUUUGCUUUGAGCUACAUAAUAUUUUAUGUUUACCUUUUUGUAAAAAAAACACCUUGCAAUAAGCAAAAACAAGCAAUUUAUUAGUUUUCCUGUAAAAUUGGUAUUGUUUAAUUUGAUUACUGUGAAAGGAUCUUUUUGAUGAAACUUCUUACAUUCCUAAAUUCACUGUCCUCAUCAAGCCAAAACUUGAAAUAAAUUGUCCGUCCAUUUUAAUGGUUAUUAACAAAAUUAGUGCUUAUGUCAUAUAAAUAUAUGAUGUGAAAUCUGAUAUGUUCAAACUUUUAUAUUUAUAUAUAUAUGCGUAAAAAGCAUGCAUUGCCAAAUAUAUCCAUAAUAAUAUAUUGAAGGUAUAUGUAAUAGUUGCAAAGCAUUUUAUGCUUAAUGAACUGUGAAUGACAUGACAAGAACAUGGUCAAAUUAGCUAGUUGCCAUUACAAUAACUCUAGUUAUUUGAAUUCUGCUAUAGGCUUGGUCAACACAUUCAAACUGUUAGUAGGUUGUUUUGUGAAGCUCGUAAGUUGAUGAUUAUACCUCAAUUUCACUUUUUGUAUAUUUUGUUAUUUUAGUUUAUUUAAAGUUAUUUAUAGCUUUUUUAUUUGCAUUAGUUGGAAUAUUAGUGUCUUUCAUGUAUGAUAAUCAAAAGUAGAUCUCUAUAAUAAAUAAUCUCUAUAUAUGAUUUUUUUUAUAUCACAUAUCAUAAAAAUGUUUAUGUUUAUAUUUUCUUUAAUGAAAUAAGUACAUAUAUCUACCAGACAAUAAUGUCCUUAAAUUUGGCAUUUGAUUUAACAGAUUUUAAAAAAAUGUAACCAAUUCCUAGAUCUCUCUUUUUCUAGUCCUAUUCUUAAAAAAGAAAUAUCACCAAAGAUGCCAAACUGUGAAAUAAUUAUGUUCAGCCAUGUCAGUGUACUUUUUUCAAUGGCUCUAAGAUACUGUGUCAGCCCCCCCCCCCC